AACUGUUGAGUAUUUGUCUGUUUUUUGGAGGCGUGGCUUUAUGACAGGCGCUCAGAUCGCCGCGCUGCUCGCCGCGCUGCAGGACAUGAUCAUGGGAAGCACUCUGGCCAAAUGCGCCCUCACCGACCUGGGGAUCCAGUGGGCCGGCUGGGCUCUGGCUGCAGCUUUCAGAACCGAGAAGUUUUACGACUUGGCAGGCUCAGGCACAUUUAUACUACUGGCACACCUGAGUCGGAUCUGGGGAGGAGCGAGCCACACGCGGCAGAAGGUGCAGACCGGGUUGGUGACAGCAUGGGGGCUCAGGCUGGGCACAUUCCUUUUCCUGCGAAUCUUGAAGGACGGUCAUGACCGCAGGUUCAACAGUGUCAGAGACAGCCCCGGGACUUUCUUUGUUUACUGGACUGUUCAAGCUGUGUGGGUAUUUAUGACCCUCCUUCCCACCCUCAUGCUGAACACCGAGAAGCGUAAUGUGCCUCUGGGGCCCAGGGACUACAUCGGUUGGACCGUUUGGGGUAUUGGCUUCGCUGCCGAAGCUAUUGCGGAUCAGCAAAAGUGGCUUUUCAAGCGCGACCCAGAUAAUGCUGGGAGAUUCAUCCAGAGUGGACUGUGGGGCUACAGCAGACACCCCAACUACUUUGGGGAGAUCCUGCAGUGGUCGGGCCUUUGGCUCUCGGCCUCGUCCGUCAUGCAGGGGCCUCAGUACCUGAGUGUGGCGUCUCCGCUGUUCGUGUGGUUUUUGCUGCGUUACGUCAGUGGCAUCCCCAUCCUGGAGAAGCAGGCGAUGAAGAAAUGGGGAUCCGAGGCAGCCUUCCAGGACUACGUUAAAAACACUCCUCUUCUCUGGCCGUGGCCCAAGUUUUGAUACCGUUUACAUUCGCUGUACGCAUCAAGGGUGCAAAUUUUACUCUAAUAAAUAAGCGUCUUAAAGAUAUUCCGACA